AUGGCAGCAAGGCGUUACAAGCUCACAGACACUCAAUACAGUGGCCCUUCAAGCCAAUAUACGACAAAAAGCGGUAAGAGCACUACACGAGCAUCAUCUUCCUUAUCCAGGUGGAAAUCUGUCUUAAAUUCCCUUGCGAAACAGUUUUCUCAGGUGCCUCUCUCAUUGGGGAUAAGGAUAGCAUCCCUUCGAGGAACAAUGAGGUUACACAUAAGGCCGCCUCCUUCUGAUCAGCUAUGGUUUGGGUUCAAGUCCAUGCCUUGUAUUGAUUUCAACUUGGAGUCCUUUGUUGGGGACCAUAAGAUUUCUAGUGGACAUAUUGCUCAGUUCCUGAUCUCUCGGUUUAAGGCGGCCAUUCGCGAAUCCAUGGUACAUCCAAACUAUGAAAAUAUAAGCAUUCCUUGGAUGCUAGCUGAAAAGGAUGACUGGGUGCCACGAAAAGAUGCUCCAUUCAUAUGGAUUAAACAAGCAGCUGUUAGUGAUCCCACAACUGCACAUGAAGUUGCCAGCUCCCAACCCGGUGACAAAACCCAUGUUAUUCAACCUAGUAGGAGAGCAACCGGUAAUAACGUAGAAGACAAGCAUGAUAAAGCAAAGGAAGUUGAACACGUCAGGCAACCAAUCGGAGAAUCCCCAGACACACAUGCAUCUUCAUCGAGUCUCACAAAUCAGGCAACUUUGAAUGACAAGCCUUCACAACAACUAAGAGCCCCCUUGUUAGCUAAUGAUGACCCACACAAAACUCGCCAGGGGUGCGAAGAGGAGAACUCAGGGUGUCAAACACCAACACGGUCACUGAUGUUGGUGGAAGAACAGAAUCAUUUUCUUGAUGGAGAUGAUACAAGGACCAAGACGACGGGGACAAGAGCGAAGAUGCUUAGUUUUGGAAAGAAGGUAGGGGCAAAAUUUGAUGAGAAGCGGCGUCACAUUGAGGAAAGGAGCAGGCACAUUGCUGAGAAGAUGCGAGGACCCCAAAACUGA